UCGUCACACAAAUUAUCUUCCAGCCAGUUACGCACAAUGUGGAAAAUUUCAAACAACCGCAGGAGGAAGACUGGCAACUUGGUGGGCUUUCACUCAGGAAUGUGUCCUUUGCGCGCACCUGGAGCAACCGGAGACAUGCAGGGGCAACGCAUUUUAGCCGGUUUUCACCCUGUUUUAUGAUACCGAGCCGCUGUGUAGCCUGACUCCCGAUUUAUUCCUGGGAUGGGGAGCAGUGCACGGAGCUGCGGUGCCGUGUUCCUGCUGGCCGUCAUUUGCUCCUGUCGUGCCAUCACUCUGGAGUCUAUCCUCUGGAGCAGCUCCAAUGCCAAGUUUACUCCAGGUCAGGGUCUCAUCCUGUAUCCUCAGAUAGGGGACAAGAUGGACAUUGUGUGCCCCAGGGCAGAUGCUUCCUCCGGGGGAAAGGAGGAGUUCUACAGGGUCUUCCUGGUCUCCCGAAGUCAGCUGGAGAGCUGCACCAUAGACCAGACUGACACUCCUCUGCUGAACUGUGACAAACCUAACCGGGAUGUAAAGUUCACGUUCAAGUUUCAGGAGUUCAGCCCCAACCUGUGGGGUUUGGAGUUCCUCAAGGGGAAGGACUAUUAUAUAACCUCCACGUCCACGGGCUCCCUGCAGGGUCUGGAUAGCACUAAUGGAGGGGUGUGCAGGACCAAAUCCAUGAAGCUGGUGCUGAGAGUCGGCCAGAACUCUUCAGAUCCACCUUCAACGCUUCAGGAGUCCCCUACCAGAUUCCCACCUACACGACCCAAGACCAAGGCCAAGGCUGAGGACACCUCCACGAACGAAGAGGAUAUAAAAAGUAAAGCUGAUGUGGGCUCAGAGACAGGACUUUUCAUGUGGGUUGUCUCUGGCUGUGCGGUCCUCCUUGUGAUCAUCAUAAUUCUGCUGGCUGUGUUGUGGAGGCAUCAUCACCGUCGCUGCGUCCCAGAUAGGCAGCAGUCCGCCUCCGUGUCCCUCAACACUUUGGCCGUGCCGAAACGGGACAGCAUCAGCAGUGACAACAACGGCUCGGACCGCAGCGAUGUUGUGUUUCCUCUACGGGCUUCUGACAGCAUGAUGUGUCGUCACUUUGAACGCGUGAGCAGUGACUAUGGGCCCCCUGUGUACAUAGUUCAGGAGAUAAUGCCCCAGAGUCCCACCAACAUCUACUACAAAGUCUAAUGCUUGCUGCUCCAAUGACACUCCUCUGCUGUUUUGAGGGUAAUCAUAAAUUUCAGUUACUGUGGACGACGCUUCUCACGCGUGACAAAGGGUGGGGAUCUUAUCUGAGAGCCGUGUGCUGUCCAAAAGAUUUAAACAGAUAACGAGUGAGAGCUCAAAAUGUUGCCACCUCAGUUUAGUGAAGAGACAAUCAGACAGGAAACUGAUAUGUCGUAACAUAUCAUUGGUACUUGUGUCCAGUUUGUUUUUGUGAGAUAUGCUCGGAAAUGUGGAUGCUGAUGUAUUUAUAAGAAAUUCUUUAUUACUGCCACCACAGGUGGCAGCUUUAGAUGUACAGUAAACGUGUAUUUAAUAUGAAUUUAUUGACUCAUGGGUUUAGAAAGAAAAAGCUUGAUACUGCACUGCAGAGCACUAAAAUCACAAGCACUUAAGAGAUUUUCACAACUGAAA